GGGAUGGGAAGGCCAGGGCUCAGGGCUGUGGUCUCAGACCCGGGUGAAGCAGUGUCCUUGCCCCAGGGGCUGUUGCUGUUGCUGCUGCUGAGCAUGGGCGGGGCAUGGGCAUCCAGGGAGCCGCUUCGGCCACGGUGCCGCCCCAUCAAUGCCACCCUGGCUGUCGAGAAGGAGGGCUGCCCCGUGUGCAUCACCGUCAACACCACCAUCUGUGCCGGCUACUGCCCCACCAUGAUGCGCGUGCUGCAGGGUGUCCUGCCGCCCCUGCCUCAGGUGGUGUGCACCUACCGUGAUGUGCGCUUCGAGUCCAUCCAGCUCCCUGGCUGCCCGCGUGGCGUGGACCCCAUGGUCUCCUUCCCUGUGGCUCUCAGCUGUCGCUGUGGACCCUGCCACCGCAGCACCUCUGACUGUGGGGGUCCCAACGACCACCCCUUGACCUGUGACCACCCCCAACUCUCAGGCCUCCUCUUCCUCUAAAGACCCUCCCCCCAGCCUUCCAAGCCCAUCCCGACUCCUGGAGCCCUGACACCCCGAUCCUCCCACAAUAAAGGCUUCUCAAUCCGCA